AGGUGGAAAAACGCCGCCAGAAGGCGCUGGAAAGACAGGGAGGCCCAGUUCUACACCUAUCAACUUGGUAGCAUCACAAGGGGAUAGGCAGACCAUAGACCAGGUGACAGAAAUGCCUGAGUUAGUGCGGAAAUGGAUCGCAGAGGCGGUUCACCGGGAACUUGAGGCAGGCAAAAGUCGUAACAGGCAAUCUGUUCUUGGGGCGGAAGCCCAGUCACAGGAUAGGGAUCAGGUAGAAACAGAACCAGCAGACAGACACAUGGGGUCGCGUUCUGACAGCUCUGAUUCGCCUUCAGAGGCGGAGAGUUCCCCAUCCAUGGAGGAUGAACAAUGGGACCAGGAAUUGUCUGAGGAGGAAGGUUUUUUACCGGAGCAGCCCAUGUUUAAAGGGCUGUUCAGGCCUCAUCUUUUUAAGGCCUUGUUGAGUAAAGCUAAGGCGGUUACUAAACAGGGACUCAUAGGGGAACAAGGCGCCUGUCCAGAGCAGGACCCUGCAGACAUGCUUUUUUCUGAACCAACGGUGGAGACGGAGACAGUUCCUGCUCCUAAAUUAUUUCUAGAUAUGAUUAAGAAACAGUGGGAAGCCCCGGCCGCAUUACCGAACAUGUCCUCCCUUGAGAGACGGUUUUUUAACACGGCUUCUGACCUGAUGGAACUCCUGAGAGUGCCUGAGGUGGAUGACCCGGUUUUGGCCCUUGCUUCCUCUUCGGCCACCUUGGUUGAACCUGAGGAAGUUUUGAAGCCAGAGGAUCGGAAGUUGGAGCAGGCCCUCACGAAGACGCAUCAGGCGGCAGCCUGGGGUAUAAGGGCGGCCACAGCAGCAUCCUUCUAUGGCAGGGCUGUCCUCCUGUGGCUUAAACAAAUGCAGGAGAAAGUGCCGGUGACCGAUCUGAGAACUCAUCAGGAUUUCAACAAGAUAGUGGCAGUUGUGGAAUACACAGUGGAUGCCACUAUGUCCUCCGCGAAAUAUGUGGCAAAGUCGAUUGCAUCCUCGGUCACAGCACGGAGGUCUCGAGAUGUGACAAAAAGAGAGAUCAUGGACACUGCGGUUCAGCACUUGCUGAACAUCGGAGCGGUGGAGCCUGUUCCGGUUCACGAACAAUGGAGCGGUUAUUACUCAAUGUUGUUCGUCAUCCAGAAGGCCUCGAGGGGGCUGCGACCAAUUCUCAACCUGAAAGGAUUGAACAGGUAUGUGAAGUAUCGGAGGUUCAAGAUGCACUCCCUGCGGUCAAUCCUUACGAAUGUCCGGAAGGGGGACUUCUUGACCUCCAUAGACCUUACGGAGGCAUACCUUCAUGUUCCGAUAAAUCGGAAGCACAGGAGGUUCCUGAGGUUCUUUUACGACGGCAAGCAUUUGCAGUACCGAGCGCUUCCAUUCGGCCUUGCCUUGGCCCCCAGGGUUUUCUGA